AUGUCCACUGGCUCUCUCAGCGAUGUCGACGACGAGCUCCUAGACGGCAUCCUAAAGUUUGGCUCAUCCGGUAAAGACUCCAACGAGAGCACCGAGGAGAGCUCGAACUGCGAGGGCGCAUGCUCCGCCGAGGAGCAGAGAGGUACGCAGGGGAAGAGAAGGAAAACCUCAUCAAGGAAAUCUGCGACCAAAGGUGCCCCACAGGAGGGGAAGCAGGUGCAGAGGAACGCAGCUAACGCACGUGAGCGGGCGAGGAUGCGCGUACUGUCUAAAGCCUUCUCCCGCCUCAAAACCUCCCUGCCCUGGGUCCCUCCUGACACUAAACUUUCCAAACUGGACACGCUGCGGCUGGCUUCCAGCUACAUCGCUCACCUCCGACAGAUACUGGCCAACGACAAGUAUGAAAACGGAUAUAUCCACCCUGUCAACUUGACGUGGCCUUUCAUGGUUGCUGGAAAACCAGACAGCGAACUGAAGGAGAUCCUCAACACAACCAGACUGUGUGGAACCACUGCCUCCUGAAAUGCAGAUUUUUUUUACAUGGACCAUAAACACUGAAGCUGCCGGUUUAAGCAACAUUACAAUUGACAUUUUUUCGAGUGGGAAUAAUGGAGUGAAUGUUUCCUCUCCUUCGUUCCUGUAUGACAAAUUUUUAUUUAAAUGCAUUUGCUUAUCUUUGCUGGUACAAAGAUAACGGUUGCUUUUUUAAAUACGCUGUGUAUUUUUACAUCUGUCUGAAUGUCCAAGUGCCUUUUGACUGAAAUGUACAUAUAUAAAACUAUAUUUGUAUCUCAUUUACAUCUUGUAUUUUGGAUUGUUUAUGUGUGGGCCAUGGAGCUAACCUUUCCUAUCUGUUCACCUCUUCACACUAACAUAGCGCUGGCAGAUAGCACUCAC